AUGGCAUUGAUGGAGAUCAAGGAUUUCAAAUUUUAUCGGAGAUGCGAAAUGGAGACGAAGAACGAGAAAGAGGAACAGAGUAAUGGCGCUGGGAAUUUGCAAGCUCACUACUUGGUUUGGCACCUCACCGCCGGUCAGUGGCGGUGCCAGGACUCGUUAGAGGGUGGGGCAAAAUUUUUCAUUCAAGAUUUAAUCAAGGAGAAGUUUAAUCAGAAAGAGAGCAAUGGAUUUGAGGCAGGUGGAGAAGGUGGCCAUGGAGGAGCCUACUGCAAUGGAUUGCCGAAAAAGAACAAGAGGUUCAUUAGCAACACAAGCAUAGAAGGAGAUAAAGAUCAACAUGAACCAAAAAAAGACCCUUCCUCUGCUCUUCAGUCCUUUCUCAAUCACAUUCCUAUAAGCUCUUUACCUGGCAUCAACAGCCCCACUGACUUGAUUCUGGAGAUAAAACCAGAUGACUAUGUACAAGAUGUGAUCACUUUGUUGUACAAUAAGAAGGUUUCUGGUGCUCCAAUUGUGGAUGAUGUGAAGUCUGAUCUUGGGAAGUUCUUGGAUAGAGACAUUGGAUUCAUUGACUUCUCCAGCAUGGUCUUGUGGUCUCUUGAGGAGUUUGAGAAAGAUAAGCUUGCAUCAGGAAGCUGUAAUUGUGGAUUUCUCAAAACAUUGGAGCAGAGUCCCCAAAUUGGGAAAACAAAGAUUGGAGAGCUUGCUAAAUCUUUCUUAUGGGAACCAUUUUUUCCGGUUCGCUCCGAUGAUACUCUUUUUCAUGUGCAACUGCUCUUUGCUAAACAUCAUAGAGUUAGAGUAGCACCAGUUGUUGAAUCUUCCAACUCUUGUGUAGUUGGUUUUGUCACUCAGUAUGCAGUGGUGGAGUUACUUCUCAAGUCUAGUGGACUAGAAUGGUUUGAUCAAAUAUCAGACAAAGCAUUAUCUGAAUUUCGGUUUGCAAAUGCAGGCAUUGUUUGUGUGUACGCAGACCAAACACUAGCAGAUGCUCUACAUGUCCUAUGGGAGAAACAACUUGAUAGAGCCCCGGUUAUCGAUCGAAAAGCUGAAAAGCUAAUUGGAAACUUGAGAUGCAGUGACAUUCACCUUCUUCUUGAUGAUGAUAGCUUCUUUGAGAACAGAAAAAGCUUCACUGUCGGACAAUUCAUCUCAUCAUACAGAGAGAAAACUGAUCCCCCAACAAUGGUAAGAAACUUCAAUUUCAGUCCUCCUAUUAAUGUAUGGAUAACAAACAAGAAGUCUGACACUCUGAAGCAAGCAAUGGAAAAUGUUGUUUCAUCCAAGAGUGACUGCACCAUCCUAAUUAAGGAUUCAGGCGAACCAGAGGCCGUUGUGACACUUCGAGACAUCAUCUCACAGUUCUCACCACCAUCAAUGGAUUCAAGAGUGGACGGAGGCGGGUUCUUCAGGUCUGCUCUUGAGCAAGCAAGUUGCCAUGUUGAAGAUGGAAUGGUAGUCUGCGGCAAGUAA